CUCUUCUAUAAUCCACUGUGCUUCCGAAGAUUCCAUCUCGUCGAGGGCGUUGAAGCUUUCAAGCUUCUGCCUUUUAAGGUCACAAUGGAAGCAUGUGUCGGCGCUCUCCUGCCAAGAAGAUGCCUCCCUCCGCUUCAUUUUCCUGCAAAAGACAUGCAGACAUGUCCAGCGAUGAAGACUAUGCGACAGUUCUAUCACUUCAACCGCAAGGUUGGAUCUUUGAGUAGAAAGCUCGGUUCUUGCAGAUUAGGAAGUGAUUUGGUGGAUAAGAAGGGAGUAGAGGACCAAAAGGAGCUCGCUUCCUCGUGGGAAUUGGAGUUCUUGGGAGAGGUUCCUCCAUCUCAGUCGGACAUCCCCAAGAAUAAGAAGCCUAGGGAAAAAUCGAGGCUGCUCGAAGAGACUGAGAGCAUGGAUUGGUGUGUGAAUGCAAGGAAGGUUGCGCUAAGAGCAAUCGAAGCCAGGGGACUGAGAGGUUCCGUGGAGAAAAUGGUGACAUCAAAGAAGAAAAAUAAGAAGAAAAAGCUUAAGGCGAGCAAGAAAGAAAAUAUUACGAAGAGAAAAAACAUGGAAGAUUUAGAGGGUGAUGAUGUUGAUGGUGUUUCUGAAGAAAUUGAUUUGGAUGAAAUGAACUGGGAAAGUGGUGGGACAAGUGAUCUUAAAAAGAGAAUCAAUUUGUUUGCAGAUGGGAUGUUCGAGGAAAGGAGGCUGAAGGCCAGGGAGGAAUUCAUCGAGAAAUUGUCACAGUUCUCGGGACCCUCAGAUAGGAAGAAAGAGAUUUCUUUGAACAAAGCGAUCGUGGAUGCUCAGACUGCAGUUGAGGUCUUGGAAGUAGCUGCUGAGACUAUUUUAGCUGUAGCUAAAGGAUUGAAACCUUCACCACUUACUCCGCUAAAUAUAGCUACGGCUCUCCACCGGAUAGCCAAGAACAUGGAAAAGGUUUCCAUGACGAGGACUCAAAGGUUGGCAUUUUCUCGUCAAAGAGAGAUGUCUAUGCUUGUAGGUAUCGCAAUGGUUGCAUUACCAGAGUGCUCUGCUCAGGGCAUCUCAAACAUUGCCUGGGCAUUGUCAAAGGUUGGUGGUGAGCUGCUUUAUUUGUCAGAGAUGGAUAGAAUUGCUGAGGUGGCACUGACCAAGGUUGAGGAGUUCAAUUCACAGAAUGUUGCGAAUAUUGCUGGUGCAUUUGCUUCGAUGCAACACUCUGCACCAGACCUGUUCUGUGAAUUAGCUAAAAGAGCAUCAGAAAUAAUUCACACAUUCAGGGAGCAAGAGCUUGCUCAACUCUUGUGGUCAUUUGCAUCUCUAAACGGGCAUGCUGAUCCUUUGCUUAAUUCACUUGAUCAUUCUUUUGAGGAUUCAGUAAGUCUUGGAUGCUACAUGAAUGCAGAAAACUUAAGUCAGCUUGAAAGUUCACAUGCCGAGGUUGAGAAUGAUGAAAAUUUUGAAAGCACAGAAAGCAGCAUUCUGGAUGUAUCUUUCAAUGGCCUUAGGUUCAGAUUUAACAGAGAUCAACUUGGUAAUAUAGCUUGGUCCUAUGCUGUGCUUGGACAAAUGAAUCGUCCAUUCUUCUCCCAUAUUUGGACUACUCUCAGCAAGUUUGAAGAGGAAAGGAUUUCGGAGCAGCAUAGGGAAGAUAUCAUGUUUGCUUCACAGGUUCAUCUGGUGAACCAGUGCUUGAAGCUUCAAUGUCCUCAUCUUGGUCUAUCUCUUAGGAGUGAUCUAGAGGAGAAGAUAUCACGAGCAGUGAAGACUAAGCGGUUCAAUCAGAAAACAACUUCUUCAUUCCAAAAGGAGGUGGCACGGCUUUUGGUUAGUACAGGCCUUGAUUGGGUCAAAGAAUACAUGGUUGAUGGAUAUACACUAGAUGCGGUUCUUGUUGAAGAAAAGCUUGCUUUUGAGAUCGAUGGACCAACACAUUUCUCGAGAAAUUUAGGUACUCCUUUAGGACACACAAUACUGAAACGACGAUAUAUUGCUGAUGCUGGUUGGAAUCUAGUUUCUCUUUCCCUUCAAGAGUGGGAGGAACUUCAAGGGGGCUUUGAGCAACUAGAGUACCUAAGGAGAAUUCUUGGUAUCGACACAGUUAAUGAGUUAGAAGAAACAACUGAGGUGCUCAAAUGAAAGCACAACCUAUUGCUGAUGAUACAUUGAUGCUGGCAGUAUGGUUGCUGAAGGCUUCAAAAUUGUAUCUAAAUUGAAUGAUAAUCCUUUGUAAGUUGUUUUUUUUUUGGCACCAUGUCUCUUGACAUUUUCACCAUGCAUUAUACCAUUCUCAUUCUUCUUCAAUCUUACAGCAGAAUUUCCAUUUGGCACCC